UCCAGGGUGCCUCCUCCCCCAAGGACAUGGUCAUUAUAGUGGAUGUUAGCGGCAGCGUGAGCGGCCUGACUCUGAAACUCAUGAAGACGUCGGUUGUGGAGAUGCUGGACACGCUGUCCGAUGACGACUAUGUGACCGUUGCGUCUUUUCACGAGAAGGCCGAGCCCGUGUCCUGCUUCAGGCAGCUGGUCCAGGCAAACGUCAGGAAUAAGAAGGUCAUCAAAGAUGCCGUCCAAGAUAUGGUGGCCCGAGGAACGACCGACUACAAGGCCGGCUUCGAGUACGCCUUCAGCCAGCUGCAGAAUAAUAACGUCACCCGAGCCAACUGCAACAAGAUGAUCAUGAUGUUCACGGACGGCGGGGAAGACCGCGUACAGGAUGUGUUCGAGAAAUACAACUGGCCCAACAAAACGGUAAGAUGAUCUGGGA